AUGAGGGUCCUCCUCCUCGGAUGUGCGGACAACGGCGAGGCAGAGGGUGUUGGCCGUGGUGCGGGGGCCGCGGCAUCGGUGUGGACCAGAUCGGAAGGAUGGCGGCUUCCCCUUCAUCUGGCGUGCCCCUUCCUUCGCUGCCGAACUUUUGUGGUGUCUUUGGUCGGCGGAUCUAGUGUUGGGCUACGUGCUGGAGGAGGUGCUGCUUCCGGGAGGAAUCCCUGGCUGGCGAGCUGCGACGGUGGCAACUCCUGCGGUUGGCGUGUUCUUCCUGGAGCACCUUUGACGAUCGAGACGAUGAUGUCCAAAGAACAUGCUCUACUUUUGUCAGGCAGUGGCCUUGAAAAUCAUCAUAGUGGCCUGGAUGACAAUGCAGUGGCCACGGAGGAUACCAACAACGAUGAUAGUGAACCACUUUGUGAACCAUUUGGCGAACGUGCGGUGCAGUUGCUGGCCAUUUGUGCAAACUUCCCUAUCUCCAAAAUCAUCGGCUACGACUGGCAGAACACUCGGUGCAUCUAUGUGCAGCGCCAGGGGGAAGUACAAGAGGAAGGAAUGGUCGAUUUGGUGCCCAUUGGACCCCGUGACAUUCUCAUGGCGUAUGGUUACUUCGGCUUGCAAGUCUAUACCGACAACAACCAGUCUGAUCCUCCCAUCACAGACGCGUGGGAUGCUUACGAAGACGAUGAAAUUGAGGAAUACACACAAACCAUCUGCGCUGGCCCUGGCCGCAAGUUGGAGAUCACAUACUUGGUGAUUCCCGACGCCAUUGAGGCCAAAGUUGAGGUCAAGUUAAAGCUGAAAGGCCUCCUUGGUUCUAGAAGCCGUGCCGUUUAUGGUAAGAUCAAGGCAAGCGCCACCGACUACAGGAACAAAUUAAAGCGUUCACCUCUUCAGCUGUGAACGAGGGAUGAGCUUGUCCUUUCCCUCUGGCUCCACAUCCAUUCUUCCGUUGAGUCCGUCUAUGGUUGCCGUGCCUUGCCGUUGGCGGCUCGAACUCCACGUAGAAGUGGACCUAACAGUAAUCACAUGUGAUGGUCAAGAAGAGCAGGACAAGAAUUUAAAAUUCAGUCUAGAAUUCACACGUGAAAUUAUGAGCCAAGAAAGAGAAGUCGAUGAUGAUCAAGUUCAAGUGAACGUCAAGUGGUACCCGAUUGGUUGAUACUUGGUACUACGGACUGAGACGUGAUGUAGUAGUGGCAGCGCUAGAUGACUAUGAAAUAAGUGAAGGGUUUCAUAUAUAGUAAUCGUAGCACCAAAUCUGGAACUUUGUGUAUGUUUGACAGGUGAUCUUAUCUAUUUCCUUUUUUUGUUUGAUCAA